AUGCCAGGGAGCCUCUCCACGGCCCUGCGUGUCGUGGGGACCAGCCUCUUCGCCGUGGCGGUGCUGGGGGGAAUCCUGGCCGCCUACGUCACAGGGUACCAGUUCAUCCACACGGAGAAGCACUACCUCUCCUUCGGGCUCUACGGGGCCAUCCUGGGGCUGCACCUCUUCAUCCAGAGCCUCUUCGCCUUCCUGGAGCACCGGCGGAUGCGGGGCGAGGGGCAGCCGGUGCGGCCGGGGCGCUCGGUGGCCCUCUGCAUCGCCGCCUUCCAGGAGGACCCCGACUACCUGACGAAGUGCCUACGCUCCGUCAAGCGCAUCGCCUUCCCUGACCUCAAAGUGGUGAUGGUGGUGGACGGGAAUGGCCCCGACGACACCUACAUGCUGGACAUCUUCCACGAGGUGAUGGGCUCCGAGCGCUCCGGCAGCUACAUCUGGAGGAGCAACUUCCACGCGCAGGGCGAGGGGGAGACGGAGGCCGGGCUGCGGGAAGGGCUGGCCCGUGUUCAGGCGCUGGUCCGCAGCAACACCUACUCCUGCAUCCUCCAGAAGUGGGGCGGGAAGCGGGAGGUGAUGUACACGGCCUUCCGGGCGCUUGGAGACUCCGUGGACUAUAUCCAGGUGUGUGACUCAGACACGGUGCUGGACCCCGCCUGCACCGCCGAGAUGCUCCGCAUCCUGGAGGCCGACCCCCACGUCGGUGGCGUCGGCGGCGAUGUCCAGAUCCUGAACAAGUACGACUCGUGGCUCUCCUUCCUGAGCAGCGUGCGGUACUGGAUGGCCUUCAACGUGGAGCGCGCGUGCCAGUCGUACUUCGGCUGCGUGCAGUGCAUCAGUGGCCCCCUGGGCAUGUACCGCAACACGCUGCUGCAGCAGUUCCUCGAGGACUGGUACCACCAGACCUUCCUGGGCAGCAAGUGCAGCUUCGGGGACGACCGGCACCUCACCAACCGCGUGCUCAGCCUGGGCUACCGGACCAAGUACACGGCUCGCUCCAAGUGCCUGACGGAGACGCCCACGCGGUACCUGCGCUGGCUCAACCAGCAGACCCGCUGGAGCAAGUCCUACUUCCGCGAGUGGCUCUACAACGCGCUCUGGUUCCACAAGCAUCACCUCUGGAUGACCUACGAGUCGGUGGUCACCGGCUUCUUCCCCUUCUUCCUCAUUGCCACCGUCAUCCAGCUCUUCUACCGCGGCCGCGUCUGGAACAUCCUCCUGUUCCUGCUGACCGUGCAGCUGGUGGGUGUCAUCAAGGCCACCUACGCCUGCUUCCUGCGAGGCAACGCCGAGAUGAUCUUCAUGUCCCUCUAUGCCCUCCUCUACAUGUCCAGCCUGCUGCCCGCCAAAAUCUUCGCCAUUGCCACCAUCAAUAAGUCGGGCUGGGGCACCUCAGGGCGCCGCACCAUCGUGGUGAACUUCGUGGGGCUGCUGCCGGUGUCGGUGUGGGUGGCGGUGCUGCUGGGCGGGCUGGCCUACACUGCCUACAGCCAGGACCUCUUCAGCGAGACCGAGGUGGCCUUCCUCGUGUCGGGUGCCAUCCUCUAUGCCUGCUACUGGGUGGCCCUGCUCACCCUCUACCUGGCCAUCGUUGCCCGCCGCUGCGGCAAGAGGCAGGAGCAGUGCGGGCUGGUCUUCACCGAGGUCUGACCGUGGGUCGGUCCCGUGC